CACACGAGCUCUAUGUAGAGACCCAGAGACCUCCUACAGAAAAUACCAUUACACAUGCAUACAGUACGCUCAAAUGGACCGUUUUGUUGGUCGGUGUGAAAACCAAUAUGACCAUUGAAAAUAAAGAGAAAUUGUUAAGUCUUGGAAAGAUUGUAAGGGAAAAAAACAGCUGAAUUGGAUAUUUUACUUUUACAUAUUGAGUGAAGACUGAGUUUGUCUCUUCAUAUCGAGUGUUCCCUGUGAAUUUCACAUCUUCAACAUUAAAACUUCAAUCAAAGGAGGUUCUUCUGGGCGUGAGGAUGAACGGCAGCCAAUCAAACCUGUCUCUGAAGUGUGUGCGUGACACCAGUGUGACGGCGGUGGUCUUCCCCUGUCUCUACAGCGCCCUCUUCCUGUUUGCGCUGGUACUCAACUGCCUGGCUGCAUGGAUCUUCUUCAACAUCCGUAGCACCACCACCUUCGUGGUCUACCUGAAAAACGUAGUGGUGGCAGACCUGCUGAUGACUCUGUCCAUCCCGGUGAAGGUCCUCGCGGACGCCGACGUGGGCUCCUGGCGUCUGCGUGCGUUCUACUGUCGCUACUCUGCUGUCCUCUUCUACACCACCAUGUACAUCAGCAUCCUGCUCCUGGGGCUCAUCAGCCUGGACCGUUACCUCAAGAUAGUCAGGCCCUUUGGGAAGUGCGCCCUCCAGAGGGUCGGAGUGGGACAGGCUUUGAGUGCGGCCGUCUGGGCUGUGAUGGUUUCUCUGGCUCUGCCCAAUGUCAUUCUGAGUGACCGCACGCCGUUGCUCUCUGGUGGCCGGCUGAAGUGUACCUCUCUGAAGGGUCAGGCCGGCAUGCUGUGGCACGAGGGCUUCAACUACUUCUGCCAAGUGGUGUUUUGGGGAACACUAGCUCUGAUGCUGUUGUGUUACACCUUCAUCAGUCGGAAAGUCUACGAGUCCUACAAAGCCUCGCGUAGUGGCUCCAAAGCGGCCAGCCGCAGGACAAAGGCCAAAGUCUUUGUGGUGGUGGGGGUGUUUUUUGUUUGUUUCGCCCCUUUUCAUUUCGCCAGGGUGCCCUACACUCUCACCCAGACCCGAAACAUAGACAACCACUGUCGGGCGCAAAACGCACUCUACAUUGCCAAGGAGACCACUCUCUGGCUGUCUGCCACUAACGUGUGUCUGGACCCGCUGAUCUAUGUGUUCCUGUGCAGGGUGUUCCGGAAAAGAUUGACUGCCACACUCAACCGCAAGCCCCUCCCCCAGGGCGGUUUGGAGUCGCCCACGGCAACCUCCACUCAGCUGGAGAUGUCACAGAUGGUACAUAACAGAAUGUUGGAUGUCAGUUCGGCCUAGAAGCACAACGGACAUGUUUUUUUUUCUUCAGCUCUAUUCAAUUGUAAAUAUAUUUUGGCCUGAUGUUAACCCCUGGACAGGUUGUGACCAGAGUAAAGCCCUCAAAUAAUUUGUGGAUAAGUGGCUCUGUUACUAAGACAGUGUUGCAGGUCUAAUAGGCUAUAAACAGCAGUGUUCCCACAUCACCUCUGUGAUAGCCCAUGUGUGACGAGUAUUUUGGAACAAAAUGGCUGGUGUUACAUCAGAUAACCAAAGUGCAGCAGGGCUUUCUAAAUAUAAUGUGUACCAGACACAAGAGUCUACCCAGGCUAAUGUGUCGGUCUCUAAUGAUAGCAAAGUCAUCCUGGCGUAAUUUACUGUCAGCUCUCACUUCCCUUUCCCUAAUCUUCUCCAAAAAAUACUUUCCUUCUUCUUCAUUUCACCAGAAAGGAAAACAACUUGACUGAGUGCUUUUAGAUAAUGUGAGUGUGACAAUGUAACAUACACGCUUACGAAAUGGUAUGUUGUUUGUGUGUAUAGUAUAGGGUGAUGCAGUCUUUACAUGUUGUUGGAAAGCAAGACAAAAGCACAGUAUCUCAGACAUCUCAUGCAAAUACACCUAUAUGUACAAAAAUAUGUGGACACCCCUUCAAAUUAAUAGAUUCAGCUAUUUCAGCCACAUCCGUUGCUGACAGCCAUGCAUUCUCCAUAGACAAAC